UUCUGUGAAGCUGUCAUGGAUUUUGUUGUCGGGCUCCAAACUGGACACUCGGUGCCCGACCUUGACAUAAAAACUAUACCAUAUCGAAAUCGACACACACCUUUGGCUUCGUUCACAAUUAGAUCCCUUUUACUUAGUUAUAUUUUAUGCUACAAGUUUGCGCGAUACCUGGUAAUGAUGAGUACGAAUCCAUUGGAACUUCCAAAACCUGAAGAGGAGAUAGAGCAACCGAGUACCAAGCGCGAUUUCUUGGGAUGCGCCCUUGCCAAUGUGGUGGAUCGUGCACGACGCCUGAAAAUGAGCAGUGUGGAGAACGUGACAUAUCUUUUCGACAAAUCCUCAGAUGUCGUACUUGAUUACGGGACCAAGCCAUCAUCCGUCAAGACGCAAGUCUCGAAGCCUAAGCUCGUCAGCACUCGGAGCCGCUUAUGGCGCAGACUACAGAAGUCGGAAAUUAAACUACAGACGCCACGUAGUACCCAGUCCCAGACCGCUCGUUUGCCGUUGCCGCCACCACCGCCGCCUCCCUCGCCACGCUGUCCGAAGGCUAAUGAUAUCUGUGUUGCUUUGGAGCACGCCAAGGAACUCCUGGACAACUACCAAAAGACAGAUGAGCUGAUCGAUGGGCUGCUGGAGCAAGCCACAGAAUUGAAUCGGGAAGUCCUUUCCCAGUGGCAGCUGCAGCGCGAAGCGGACUUGGUACGCGACAUCGAGGUGGAGUACAGCGAAGACUACAUGUACAUCAUGUUGGAGUCCAUAAGAGCGGAAUUCAAAGACCCAGAUCCUUGUGAUAAAUAGAGCUUGAACUUGAUGUACAAUAAAUAAUCCUUGUAUAAAUUAAAUUUUUUCUCUAUA